CGAACAGAAAAAAAAACGGAUACAUCGGUUAUAAAUCAAACAGCUAUGAUCUGAGUAUUUUUAGCUGUGCGGAGGAAGAGAAUGGACUUGCAGGGAAUAGAGGAGAGAGAGAGAAAGGAAUGCAAAGUUUCCAGGAUAUAUCACUGCAAGAACAGGACACGAUUUUAGCCAUGAUCUGCAUGUGGCUUGAUUUCAUCGGUGUUUGUGUGCAGACUUGACACUACAAAAUCCAAUACCAGUUCUUAAAAAGACUUCUGCGAAAGGGCUAAAACGGCUCGCUGUUCAGAAUCGCUGAGCCGAGAAGUUUUACAGGCAGAGCAACGACAAUCAUGCCGAACCAUGAGACUUUAGGAAUAGACCAAAACGUCAGUGGCACCACAGCAGCUUUGUCUUCAACCUCCAACGAGAGCAUGAAAUCACCCUCGUAUUCUCCUGAAGCAAUGGCAGCCUUCGCCACAGCAAUUACUCUCAUGAUUCUCUUCACCAUCGUGGGAAACAUACUCGUCAUCAUCGCUGUUUUGACAAGUCGUUCUCUGAGGGGGCCACAGAAUCUCUUCCUGGUCUCGUUGGCUGCGGCGGACAUCCUGGUGGCUACGUUGAUCAUCCCGUUCUCGCUAGCCAAUGAGCUGAUGGGCUACUGGUACUUCCGCUCAGUGUGGUGCGAGAUCUACCUGGCGCUGGAUGUGCUCUUCUGCACGUCCUCCAUCGUCCAUCUGUGUGCCAUCAGCUUGGAUCGUUACAUGUCCAUAUCACGUGCUGUGACAUACGGGGCUCAGAGGACGCCACGCCGCAUCAAAUGUGCCAUCUUAGUUGUUUGGCUCAUCUCAGCUGUCAUCUCUUUCCCACCGCUGCUCUCCAUGAACAAGAACCAGGGGAACCCCAGCUCCUCCGAUGGACCCCAGUGCCAGCUCAAUAACGAGCGCUGGUAUAUUCUCUACUCCACCAUCGGCUCCUUCUUCGCCCCUUGCCUCAUCAUGAUCCUUGUCUACAUGCGCAUUUAUCAGAUCGCCAAGCAGCGCACAAGAUGCCCACCAGGAGAGCCGAGGAAAGAGAUCCCCGCCUGCGCCACAACUCCAAAAGAUAGAGCUCUCCAAAAUGGAAGAGGAGGUGGCAUGAAUACGCCAUGCACCCCUCAGAGAAAUCCAUCCACUCCACGACCACCCACUCUCACCGUGCCUCAAGCCGAGGGCAAAAACCAUCCAGCAAGCACCAACACCCUGAAUCCACCCCUUUCUCCCUGUAAAGAGAUGACUCCCAGCACUCCUACCCCUCCUCCAGGUCAAACUCCUUCCCUUUCACCUUCCAUCUCCUCCAUGCAAAAGCAAGACGCCACCAAUAACAAACCCAAACAGACCAAGAAGGAGAAAAGGAACGAAAAGAAACCUGACAACAACAAUGGUGAGAGCUCAAGCACUGAUUCAGACACAGAGCACGGGGUGGGUGUUGAGAUUCCCAUGACUCCUGGUGCUGAUCUUGACACUAGUAUUCACUCACCAGCCACCAUCCAGAAGUACAGAGACAUGAUCACUACAACCAAGGGCACAAAGUUGGCUUCAGUGAAGCUCAAACAGGACAGGUCACCUAACUCGGCUCGCCGCAAGGCCAUGGUGAACCGGGAGAAACGCUUCACCUUCGUUCUGGCAGUGGUCAUUGGUGUAUUCGUCGUCUGCUGGUUCCCUUUCUUCUUCUCCUACAGCCUGCAGGCCGUGUGUCCUGAAACGUGCAAGCUUCCCACGCCGGUCUUUACAUUCUUCUUCUGGAUUGGUUACUGCAACAGCUGCCUCAACCCCGUCAUCUACACCAUUUUCAACAAGGACUUCCGCAGAGCCUUCAAGAAGAUUCUCUGCAAAAAUACCAAGGGUACAUUCUUUUAACGAGCACCUGGGGAAAAAAAAACACUUUAAAAUAGAAAAAAAGCACAACUUCUUUCUAAGAGUGUAAAUAAGAGGUUCUUUGUGUAGCUGCGCAACGAUAAAGCACAUUGUACUGUUUUUGAUAAGUGUUGUUCGACAGAGUCAGACUGUGAAUUCAUGUGGAGUCUUGCAGGUUUACAAUGUUCCAUUGCUCAUGCCACAGACGCACAGUGGACAGCAGAGGAUGAACAUGAUUUCAUCAAGACGGAGAAAAAGGAAAAAGACUGUGCACCUGUGACGAUCAGAUUAAAAAAAAUGGGAGCACAACACAAUAGUGGCUCCCUUCUUCGCCUUUCUAAGAAAACCUGCCCUCAGGGAUAGUAUGUGCAUGAGUUUCAAACCAACCCAUCUCAGUCUUAUUUGAUCCACGCAUCAUUCGCUUGUACACCCGUGACAACACAGACAGCAGAAUCUCCUCCUUGAUAGCUGACAAGCUUUAAUGCUGCAGAACGAAGAAAGAGAAGCUCUCGCUCGUAUGGAACACCUUGCCAGAGACAAGGUGUAUGCAGCUGAUAAGUUCCAGGUGACACCGGAUGGAGUCAUGAUUUCCCAAAAAUUCCCGUUUCCAGCAUCUCGGUAAUGCAGGCACACUUGCUGGAGUACACAGAGGAAAGGGUGAUUAUCGUACAGAGGCUUGGCCUGCUUUGCUAAUGCACUGAACAUAGAUGCAGUUGCUCUGAGGUAGAUAAGGAUUAGUCUUCGUGCCAUUGACUCUGAUUAUAACUGGACCUUUUUUUUUUUUUCACUUUUCUCUACAAGAACUCUGCCCUAAACGGCACUACAGCACCCUCACUGUUCAGCAGGGUGAUACUUUGGGACUAAGGGCUGAUGGCAAUGACACUUCCUGGGCUUUUUCCCUGUCUUAUUUGAUGAUUAAAGUGUCAUGUGCAUAUGUGUGGGUGUGUGUGUGAGUGGGUGUGUGUGUGAGUGAGUGAGUGAGUGAGUGAGUGAGUGAGUGAGUGAGUGCAUGUUGUGUGUGACUGCCUCAUGUGCGAAUGUGAAUGUGAGUGUGUGCUGUGGGUGAAUGUGUGUGCGUAUGUGAUGUGCAGGAAGGUUUGUAUUUGCGCCGUAUGAAGAAAUGUCAUUCCUCAUCUUUACCAUCGGCACUUAAUAGAAAAUAUGUGUUUUGAUUAAAAAACAACAACAACAACAACGUACUACCAAAACGUUGCAUGCCUUCUCUGCCAGCCUGUGCCAAUACCUCCCAUCCCAUCCAUUGUGCCAAUGCUGUUACACCUGCGCUUAUUAUCUAAAUGGCACAAAUGUGGAUUUCGAUGUUCAAUGAGGCCCAUGAACGAUUUUGCUUUUGUAUUAUUUAUUUAUUUUUUUUUUCAUUUCUGCUCUUUUUUUUCUCCCUGGCUUGUUUUCAUGCAGUUUUCAUUUUCUCUGUAAGCUGGAUGGAGGAAAUAAAAAAAAAAGGUUCAAAAUUGUUCUGUAAAAAUAAUUCAUCAAGUGCUAUAUCUGGUAUUUACAUUGUUUCACUGAAUUGUCUUAAGUGGUUGUUGCGUUUGGUUUUCCUCUGUAAGGACACUGCGUUUGGGCUGCACUCUACAAAGCUUUGCAAACGUUUCAUCCUCCAGAUCUCUAUCCGUGUAGUCUGUUUGAUUUCCUCCACUCUUUGGAAAUAAAGCCACUGAAAUACGAGCUCCACUCACUCGAGUCACAUUCUUAUGGCUAUACUGGGAGAGCAACAGCAUCCCUCACUAUAACGGUGACACGAAAUAAUGAACAUUUCCUUU